AUGUCUUCCACCCCAUCUGUCAGCCGACGCAAGUCGAAUGGAGGCAAGGGCGACCUCGUCAUCACCCUUAUCGUCAGUGCCGACAAGUUGAAGCAGAUCCUCGACCCCAGUCCUGUCAAGGAGGACUCGCCAGUCAAGAUGGAUAUCGAGGAAGCAAAUGGAACCAAGGAGACACAAGAAUCCCAGGACUCGCCCGCCACGUCGACGACGUUGCCUGCCCCCAUCGCUACGAACGGCGAGACUGCAUCCGACUCGAACCCCGGCACGCCUGCUGGUGACGGCACUCCUGCACCCACGUCAAUGGGACCCCCCACGGAGGGAGUCAAGAAGAAGGGUACCAAGCGUGGCGCUGGUGCCGUCAACGGACUUGGCCCCGAUGGACAGCCCAAGGUCCGAGGCAAGCCAGGACCUAAGAAGAAGGCGAGACUUGAGGAUGGCACAAUCGAUCCGAAUGCCCGUGCUGGUGCCGGUGGGCACAAGCUGGGACCCAAGGCAAACCAGGGUGCCAUUAACGCCGGCCUGCGAGCUCUCGACCGAUCUGGCAAGCCUUGUCGCAAGUGGGCGAAGGGCGGCUUCACACUCAAAAGUUUCACAGGCAUCGUCUGGGAGGUCCCCCGGUGGGUCGCGCCGCCCAAGACUGUGCCCGAUUCCAACACGGAAGACUCUGCUGCAGCUUCCGCCGAUAGUAGCACCAAGGAGAACAAGGAAAACGACCAGAUCAAGAGCGACGCCAACAGCGCCGCCAAUAGCGGCGCCGACGUGGAGAUGCGGAGCGCACCGGGUAGUGUCCCGGCGAGCUCGCCGGCCCCGAUGGCCAUUACCGCCGCUUCAUAG